ACCCACACCGCCCUGCUGGAGACUCUGUCAGACUUCCAGUGGGACCGACCAGACAUCUCCUCCCCGGCCAAGCCGGCCUGGCGAGGGGGCGCCGGGGGAGGCUGGUCGAUGUGGAGGAGCCAAUGAAGGCGGAGCCCCCGGCCGGGUGUAAGAACGCCGUAUUCCUCCUCUCCCCCCGCUCCGCACUCCCGGGACCAACUCCGCACCUUCACCGCCCUCCCCGAAGGGGACAUUGCACUGCAGCCAAUCAUGGAGAGAAUACUGCCCCGGGGGGUACAGGACGUCCUCCGACGAAACAAGGUCACCCUCUACUGGAUGGACGCCGCCUACCGGGCACAGGCUUGGGAUUCCUGUGAUCAUUUUGGGUACUGGAAGAUGGUGGAACUGAUGCAGUUGGUUGGUGGUAGAAUUUUGCCAUCAGAGUGUUUGUUGGAAUCUACAUUUCAGCAAGUAUCGGAGAAGCCUUCCACUCACGGACUGCCUUUACAGAUUCCUAGUGAUUCUGUGCUGACUUCUCUGAUCAGCGAUGAUUGUGAAAUGAACAUUCAGUUUUCCUCAGCAGAACGG